CAUAAGAAAAGAAACACAUUACAAGUCUCGGCUUCAGCAUGUCUGCCGGGAGAAUCAGAAUCCUGGUAACUCUGUCUUCCUUACAGCAGAUUCUAGGCUCCUUAGCUCUGUGGCAGCCCUCCGUGCCACUGUCCCCCCCUCGCAACGUGACGCUGCUGUCGAAGGAUUUCGGCAUGGCUUUAACGUGGCUCCCCGGAGAGGGGUCCCCACCAGAUGUGCUGUAUACUGUGAGGUACCAAAGAUGGGAUCACAAAAAGCAGUGGGAAAGGGUCCAACACUGCAGAAAUAUUUCCCAAACCACCUGCAAUCUGACUUGUGUGUCAGACCCGUACAACAAAUUCAAGGCCCGUGUCAAAGCCCUGUCGGCAGGGCGCCAGUCUCCCUGGGUGGAGUCAGGAUUCGUGGAAUAUCAUUUUGAUGUGGAACUGGCUCCCCCAGCACUAGAAGUGAGCGUGACGGAAAGUACAAUCAAUGUGAGUGCCGCUUUCCCCCUGGCUUCCUGUGUAGAGAGCACCUUUAUCGAUCUGAAGUAUGACCUGGACUUCUGGGAAGCCGGAACUGAAGACAAGCAGACGCAGUACUACGACAACAUGAAGUGGGACAAGGUAACAAUCAACACUCGGGAGAUAAGCGGCAAUUACUGCCUGAGUGCCAGGGCUUCUUUCCAAGUAAUCCAACUGAAACACAGCGAGUUUUCCAAGCCAGUGUGCGUGCUGUUAAAGUCCAAAGACAUGGACUGGAAGCUCCUAGUCACCAUUGCAGUCCCAUUGUUCGUCCUGCUUUUCCUUUGCACAGCUGCUGCAUCCAUCCUAUGUCUGUGUAAACAAGCUGCCAAGAGAGUGAAGAGGCCUCAAGCUUUGGAUUUCUCCCAUUUCAGGGCUCCUGGGAAGAUCCUUGAGAAGGAGCCCAGCGAAAAGGAGUUCUUUGAGGAAGACCUCCUCGUCUGCCUGGAGAAGCCAGCAUUGGAAGGGAGAAGGAGUUGUCCUUCAGUGAGGAACCACAUAUCACUAAAGGCUUCUCUCCUCUCACUCUGGGAGGAGGAGGAGGAUGACGAUGACAGCAGCAGUUUCAGACCCUACACUGAAAUGCCUCAGUUCCUGAAGAGAGCUCCCAACUGCCAAGUAGCCAGCACGAGUCACCAAAGGUCCAACUCGGGUUCUGAACUGGACAGCUCUCACUUUGAGGGAGUAUCUGUGUCUGACCUAGCAGGGUUAGGGUUCUCUCAGCUUGUUUGGAGAAGGGGCUCAGCCAAGGGGGACACCUCUGGGUUCCAAGACAGCGAGAAAUCCUUUCUUUCUGAGAGUUCCUCCUUGGGAGACUUCUCUCUCUUUGAAGCCCAAUAUCCAGCUACUAAUGGACAUGGGCAACAUGUCUGCCAAGGAGACACUUUCCUUCAAGUGACUGUGUUGACGGAGGGGCUCAAUGGAAAGCCUCCUGCUUAUGAGCACCGCCUGCCAAUGAGUGGUCCCCAUAACACCAACCAUCAGCGGCAUCCUUAUCCUGACCCAAUAGUGUGUGUUGCACUAGAAGUCAGUCAGGACUCUGGUGGCUUCCCUCUUGAGGGGCAGCUUGUUUGCUUCCAGACUUUAAAGCUCGCAGAGGAUGAGGGCAUCGCAAGCGACAGCGACGGCCUCACAGUGUUCUUGGAAGAAGACCCAUCACCCCCGGCCUCACCAGUAGGCGAGAUUUUUGAAGCUGAGACACAGGGGAAAGGUGGCAGCUUGCAGCAAGAGAGAGAUCCAACCUUUAAAUUCCAGGGAUAUCAGCAUGUGCGUUAUAUGCCAAGGAAGUGAUGGGGAUAGCAGUCUUGUGGCUGGCCUGGAUCUAGGGAGCUCCAUCCAGGAGGAAAACAAGGACAAGUGUUUGUCAGGCCCAAGAUUUAUGCUGCUUGUGCUUUACCACCCAUGCAAAAUGCUUUCUGCUACUGUUUGUCCUGCUAGGGCUAGGUCUUCACUCACUGAAAGAGGUGGGUUUUUAUCACGAGGAAAAACAAGGCACUUUGUAGUUUUGCCAUGAGGUAAGCAAAGUGAAGUCGACCCCAGGCAGGGGUGUGGUGCUAGUCUUACCUAGCUACCUCAUGGUAUCACUACCCGUGCCUCGUCUCCACUUAGAAUUUUACAGUGAGAUAAGGAUCUCAGGUUAGUUAUUGUUAAGGUUGCAUGACCUCGGUCAUGGAGGUCAGGGAAGUCAUGGAUUCAGUGACUUUCCAGGACUUCUGCAGUGGCUGGUGCCGCUGACCCUAGGGCCAUCCAAGCAGCUGGCCCCAGGAGCCUCAGCAAUGCCUAGCCAGGUGCAGUCAGCCCCCGUUGCCAAGCAGAGGCAGCUGUCAGCCCCCAAAGUUCCCCCAGAGCAAUGAUGCCCGCAGACCCCAGGAGCAGCUAAGAUUUAGUCAGGGGUAUUUAUAGUAAAAGUCAUGGACAUGUCAUGAGCAAGAAACAAAUACUCUUAGCCUUAGUUAUUGUACUGUAAAAACCCCACACCUUUAUGUCAGUGAAGACACAGUCAAGGGCUGUGUAAAACUGCCAGCAACUCUGGCAACAUGGCAUGUUCCAGUUGUGUGUGGAUUUCAAUCCAGGCCAGCACACUUCUGUUCUCCCAGCUGUCAUUGUGCAGUUGCUUCCCUUGCUGGGUGGGACAAUCUAGGGUGGACAUUUGCCUCCCACGUAGACAUAGGGCCACAUCUGCUUUUUGCGGGGUAAAGGGAGCUUCCCCGUCAGCCUGCAGAGCUCACCAGAGAGAACAAACAUUGAGGCCAGCAAUGGGAGAUGUUUGGUUUGGUUAUUUAUUUUGAUUUAUAUAAAAACACACCUGUCGGUGCUGAAAUUCACCCUGCUGAGCAGAGUGCCUCAAAACAGCUGUGUACUGAAGCAAUAAUGUUCUGGGGGGUAGAGGGGUGCAUGUGUGUGUGUGUUUGCAUUUCCCCACCACAACACAGGGCCUCCUCUGCUCACCUGAGAAAGCCCACGCUAUUUGCCAGAAUGGAAUCCCUUCCAGCCUCUCGCAUCAACACUUGGUUGGAGUGAAAUUCUAAGCAAUUCAUUGUGCACACUGCUUCAUUUGUGCCAGGGCUGCCCAGCACUACUAGGCAUGGCAGUUCAAAGCCCUGGCGCCACUGGGCUGGAUGCAUUCAUUAUGAAUGUAAAAUAAUUGCUUGUGGCCUGGCACAUAAUUGCUUGAGCCUCAGAACAUCUUUCAUUACAAAUUAAGCACUGAUCGUACAUCUUUCCUCCAAGAAUAGUAUUUGCUGUUGUAGGCUGCAUUCCCUUGCUGAUUACCCAUCUCUGAGGAAGAGUCAAAGCUCCAAUACCACCCCAAACUACCCCAGAAGGAGGUGCUAGACAGAGGUGGGAUCUGUGCCCGUCUCUAGGGGCUGAUGGUGUUUUACUUGUGAUGUUUCCAGCUAAAAUGAACUUGAUGUGUAUGUUUUAUUCCAGUAAAGGAAAUCAAGAAAA